AUGGGAUUCAAACCGACUAAGCAUGACAACAAGCAACAAGAGGCUAAGCUAAGAGCCCGUCAAGUUGGUAAUGACCAAUUCAAAAUACCUCCUCAUCAAGGUACACUCAACGGGCAAUUGAUAAAAGAAGGGGAGGAUGACUUGUACUUUGACUUUUCAGAGCCUUUCUAUGACACUUCAAAAGGGGUCCUUUACCCUGGUUACGAGAUUUUUCAAGACUGUCACUUCCUCGAGGAUGCACCACCCAUACAAAACAAGGCUACCCAGAAUGCCUUGCUUCAUCACCUUUUGAUGAUCACUCAAAUCGAAGAUUUUGACCCAUCUAAGAUUAUUGCUCUUAGCGAGAAGAUGGUCAAUGGCUGGAGGAAGUCCCUCAAGAUUACCGAUCCAAAUGGAAAAAUUUCUGGGGGAAUCGAGGUUGAUCCUUCAAAGAUCAAGGCCAUUCUAGACAUGAAAUCGCUAGCGAAUGAGAAAGAAAUUCGGGGGUUCCUUGGCAAGUUACAAUACAUCAGCAGAUUCAUUUCAAAACUCACCAUGAUUUGUGAGCCAGUGUUCCGAAAACUCCACAAGAGUGAGCCCAAGGUAUGGGACGAAGACUGUCAACAUGCAUUUGACACCAUCAAGGACUAUCUUUCAAAUCCACCAGUGUUGAAGCCAGCAAUAUUGGGGGCUCCCCUCAGGCUUUACCUUACAACAACCAACUCGGCAGUAGGGGCCAUGCUCGCCCAAGAGAUCGACGACAAAGAAAACGCCGUGUACUAUAUAAGCAAAAAGUUACUCGAGUACGAAACCAGAUAUACUCAACUCGAAAGAAUCAGUAUUGCCUGGUUUGGGCCACAAAGAAACUCCAGCAUUACAUGCUCUCCCACACAGUGUGUGUAA